AUUAUAUACUUACCUAGACACAAUAUUUGUAUAUAUUAUAUUUUUUUACUUAUCUGCCUGUGUAUGUUAACUCUCGAAUAAUUUCAUAUUUUGUAGAAAAUUGGAAAUUCAUGGCCUAUUAGAUUCUAAAAAGUGUAAUUAUAAAAUAAAAGUUACGUAAAUGAGUUAUAUUAAUUAUUUGUUUAUUACAAACGGUAUUACCAAUCAUGAAUUCGAGAAGUAGUUCCGGUUCCAUAUCAGAAUUAUUCCGGCCGAAUAAGCCAAAGGGCUUAAAGUCUAGAGAAUUAAGUUGCACCCGUUUGAACAUUUUGAAGAAGGAAAUAGAAACAAAUACCCAUGUUAUACCUUUAAGUACUUUAUAUGAGCAGUUAGGAACUGAUCCUGUUAGAGGGUUAACUAGGUCUAAAGCAAAAGAACUUCUAGAAUAUUACGGACCCAACGCUCUUACUCCCACCACACAGUAUGGAUGGCCAGUGGUUCUAUUGAAAUCUUUAUGUACAGGUUUCUCUAUACUAAUUUGGAUGGGUGCUUUGAUGUCUUUUAUUGCAUAUAUAAUUGAAGCCUCUACUAAAGCGAAUCCAAAUAAAGAUAAUUUGUAUCUCGGCUGUGUUCUCAUCGGUGUGGAUGUAACGUGUGGCCUCUUCAGUUUUUAUCAAAACUAUAAGAGUUCUAAAAUAAUGAACACGUUUAAAAGUAUGAUACCGACAUAUGCUGCAUGUAUACGAGAUGGGGACCUUGACGAGGCAACUCCAGUGCGGGAUUUGGUCAAGGGUGAUAUUGUCAAAAUUAAAGCAGGAGACGUGGUCCCAGCUGACAUCCGUAUUAUCGACAGUGUAGGGUUCAAAGUCGAUAACUCAUCGUUGACGGGCGAGUCCGUUGCAGUGUCUCGUGGAAAUGGCGAGGGAGCUCCGAAUAUUUUGGAAUCGCAAAAUGUUGCGUUCUUUUCUACUCUUUGUGUAGAAGGCUGGGCAUUAGGUGUGGUAUUAUGUUGCGGUGACCUCACAGCAAUGGGUAGAGUAGCCGGUUUAGCGACAAGGCUUAAGCCCGUCCCGUCGCCUUUGUCUCGGGAACUGAAUCGUUUCAUGCGCUACAUGUCGGCCUGGGCUUUAGGCCUCGGAUUGUUUAUCGCUAUCGCUUCUAUUGCACUUGGAUACCCAUUCAUGCAAACUACUAUUUUCGUCAUUGGAAUUAUCGUUGCAAAUAUUCCUGAAGGAUUGCAACCAACAGUAACAGCAUCUUUAACAUUAACGGCUCAAAACAUGAUUAAGAAAAACUGUCUUGUAAAAAAUUUGGAAGCUAUCGAAGCCUUGGGUGCUUGUACCACGAUAUGUUCGGACAAGACCGGUACUCUUACUCAGAACAAAAUGUCUGUGCAUCACAUAUGGAUGUGGAAUAAAAUAUACUCUGUUCAGGCUCCAGGGUUCUUAAGUACGGUACAAAACAAUAAAGCUUUCGAGGGUUUAAAAGUAUGUGGUGCUUUGUGUAGUAAUGCGACCGUAAAGGCUGGAGUAGUGAUAUCUGGGGAUGCAUCGGAAACAGCUAUUUUGAAUUUUCUAUUCAAAUAUGCGGAUCCCGUCAGUAUUCGAAAAAGUUUCCCCAAAAUUGUGGAAAUACCUUUCAACUCAGUCAAUAAGUAUCAAGUGAGUGUGCAUCUCGAUAAGAAAUCAUCUCAAUUCAUAGUAGUUAUGAAAGGGGCGCCUGAGUGUAUCAUAGAUCGGUGUGAUUUUAUUGCUUCUAAUGGAUAUAACAUAAGACUCAGUCCCGAAAUAAGAGAAGAAGCUGUGAAAGCAACAGAAAGUCUUGCUAAUACGGGAGAAAGGAUAAUGGCAUUUGCCGAACUUAUAUUAAGCCCAAAAGAAUAUCCAUCGACUUUUGAAUUUAAUAUUGAAGAGAUUAAUUUUCCGCUUGACCAUUUACGGUUACUUGGUAUAAUAGGACUCAUGGAUCCGCCUAGAGAAGAGGUUAUGACAGCAAUAAAACGUGUUCGGGAUGCGGGAGUUCGUGUAAUGAUGGUUACUGGUGACCACCCAGCUACAGCUCGAGCCAUCGCUGUUGAAGUCGGAAUUGCAACUUCACCAAAAUGUCACGUGGUCACUGGGGACGAAUUAAGAAGCAUGAGCCCAGAUGUAUUGUAUUGGACGCUGGAUAAGCAUUAUGAAAUAGUUUUUGCAAGAACAUCUCCAACUCAGAAACUGCAAAUAGUAGAAGCUUGCCAACGUCUAGGCGCUAUCGUCGCAGUGACCGGAGACGGAGUGAAUGAUGCUCCAGCUCUGCGUCGUGCUGACAUUGGUAUUUCCAUGGGCAUCAGCGGAUCGCAAGUCUCAAAACAGACAGCAGACAUAAUAUUAAUGGAUGACAACUUUGCAACGAUUGUGACCGGCAUUGAAGAAGGAAGGAAAAUAUUCGAUAACCUAAAAAAAUCUAUGUGCUACAUUUUGAUAUCGAACGUGCCUGAAAUUCUUCCGGUCUUAAUGUUUAUCUUGGCGUCGAUUCCGCUACCUUUAGGUGUGAUGACUAUUUUGUGCGUGGAUUUGGGUACAGACAUGUGGCCAGCAGUGGCGCUGUCUUACGAGCGUGUAGAGACAGACGUCAUGGCUCGUGCCCCUCGUACCUCAGAUCCGAUAGUAUCAGCAUCAAUGCUAAGACUCGUAUAUGGCCAUUUGGGAUUGAUAGAGUUCGCUGCCGGCAUGUACGCUUACUACGUGGUUAUGGCUGAACACGGCUUCUAUCCAGCUGACUUAUUUGGUAUUCGGCAGCGAUGGGACAAUGAAUUUAUAAGCGAUAUACGAGACUCUUUCGGCCAAGAAUGGACUUACGCUGAACGAAAGGAGUUGGAAAGAGCGUGCCAAGCCGCAUACUUCGUUGCUAUUGUCGUAACUCAGAUUAUGAACUGUAUAAUUUGCAAGACGCGAUAUAACUCACUAUUCCAUGUUGGAAUCAAAAACAGAGUUUUGAACAUCGGCUUAGUGUUCGAACUGAUCUUGGCGUGUGUCAUAUGCUACGUACCGGGUAUAAACGAUUUCUUCCGCACCUAUCCUCUACGACUUAGAUGGUGGUUUUUAGCGUUGCCGUUUGCUGCGCUUAUGUUCGUGCUUGACGAGUUUCGUAAACAUUGUAUUCGUAAUAACUUAUUUGAUGGUUGGUUCAACUCUCUAACAUAUUAUUGAUGUAUUAAUUCUAAUCACACCAUCAACCACUCUGGCUUAGUGGGUGGUAACUGGAAAAACGUGUUGACUACGCUAAGUUGGUCAAUCGAAAAAUGAUACCUACACUUAUUUAUAAAUAAUAGAUUAUAAUGAUGCAUAAAUAAAACAAGUUAAUUAAAAAAUUAAGUUUAUUAUUUUCACCGUCAAUAGAAUAAACCCAGUUCAA